UUCCGUUGACAACUUACAAGCUUACACAAAUACAUACGGACAUAUAUAGAUACCUGUGGCAGCUUGCAAUUGAACCGGUUUGUGGUGAGUCCAAAUGCAGCUGCCACAGGCGUAGCUAUGACAAAUCGAAGUAAAAAGCCACACGCUACGGAUGCCAGGUAAACGCUUUGCGGAAAAUUUUCGGCUUUCACUGUCAUUUCCAUGGAUUUUCACAUAUAAGUGGCGCGUGUGCGGCAUGCAUCACCUCCUGCCACCUACUGAACCGCCACAUAACAGCAUUAGCAACGCGAUUUCUACCACUUUGAGGUGAGGCUGCGUGCAACAGGCGCAAUAGUUUUUCGCGAGACCUCAACCCAAACGGACGAGUUACAUUGGACACGCUUUGAGACUUGAGACCACAGACACCCGAAAUGCAGCUCACUUUUAAAGAAUUGGAUAAAGACAUUGCCGCGCGCAUUGAUGCGCUCUUUCCCAAGAAGGAGUGUUUCAUUGAGGUGCUACCCGGACAUGUGGUGGUGCCGCGUAAAUUUACGAGCAUUGCGGAGUCCAUACGAGAGUUGCCCAUCUACGAGGAUGAUGUGUGGCUGAUCUCCUAUCCGCGUACGGGUUCCACCUGGGCUCAGGAGAUGAUUUGGUUGCUGGGCAAUAAGCUGGAUUUCGAAGGCGCCAAGCAAAUGCAACAACUACGUUCGCCAUUGAUUGAGCUGUCGGCGCUCUUCAGUGAAGAUCAUCAUGAGUGGGUGACAAACUCGAUUGGCAAUACCGUUGAUGCUGUGCGCAAUAUGCCACGUCCACGAUUCGGGCGUUCACAUCUUACGUGGGACCUGUUGCCGCGCGGAUUUGAUACUGUGAAACCCAAAAUUAUUUACACAGCACGCAACCCCAAAGACCUCUGCGUCUCUUUCUAUUACUACUGCAAGUUGGUACAUGGUCUCAAAGGUCCCUUCGAAGAUUUUCUUGAGCUCUUCCUGGAUGAACGCUCGCCAAUGGGCUCCUACUGGAAUCACGUUUUACCCUUCUGGCAGCGCCACAACGAGCCGAACAUACUGUUCUUGAAGUACGAAGACAUGAAGCGCGAUCUGCCGAAGAUCGUACGUCGUUGUGCUAAAUUUCUCAAUGUCGACUAUCAACUCACCGAUGAGGACCUAACACGCAUUUGUGAGCAUUUGAAGUUCGACAAAAUGCAGGCGAAUCCAGCGGUUAAUUUGGAACCCUUAUUGAAUAAUCCCGCCGAUGGCCAGAACAACAAUAUCGAUAAUAAGGGCGAGGAAAGUAAAUUCAUACGGAAAGGCAAAAUCGGUGAUUGGCGCAAUUAUUUAACAGCGGAGUCAUCGCAGCGCUUCGACGAUUGGAUUGAGCGAAACUCGAAAGGAAGUGAUCUAGUUUUCGAAUAUGAGUAGUUCGUUCGUAUUACAUAAAAAUACAAUUUUAUUAUUUUUUUGUAUGUUUUUACAUGAUAUUUAUAAUUCUAUAUAAGGGAGCAAGUAAAUUAAGGAAAUAUAGUAACUGUUGACCCAUUAUUCUUAUAGCAACUUUUGGACCAAUA